CGAAUAAAAAUGUUAACUGCAUCUCCUCAUAUAAAAUCAGAUAAACCCUAUCAAUAGAGUCCUCAAUAUAAGAAACCACAUCCAUACAAUCCUGAGGCGAGUAUAUCUCUAAAGAACUCAAUCAACUUGAAGGGUAAAUGAUAAUAACUAUCAUUAAGAUUUUUAAUUUAACGAAGAAUUAGAAUAUUAUAAAAAUAGAUGCAUUGAUCUUGAAUAAUAUGCUAGACAUUUAAAAAAUGAAUUAGAUACUACCAUAAUUAAAUAUAGUAAGCAAGGAGCUUUGGAUGAGAAAGCAGAGUUAAUGAUUCAUCAGAAUUAAAUACUUAGCUAAGACAUAGACAAAUUAUAAAAGAAUUUUGCUUAAAAGAAGACUGAGUGUGAAUUGUGGAAGUCUAAAUAUGAACAACAACUCAAUAGUGCAGUUUAAUGUAUAUACAUUAUUUAUAUAUAUUUUAUAGUAAAAGCUCAAUAUGAAUUGGAUUUACGUAAACUAAGUAAUGAAUUAAAACUUUUAGAGGAAAGAAAUUCUAUUCUAGAGAAGGAAAGAUCUCAUGAGGUCGAAGCUACUAAAACUAAUUUUUCUAGUAAAAUUUUUAAAUAUAUAUUACAGUUUAAAAUGAAUAAUAAAGACAUAGUUAUCUCACUUAAAUAGAUAUGCUAGAAAAUUAAUUAAGAAAAUUAAGAGAAUAUGCUGAUAUUAGGGAUAAAGAAAUUUAUGAAUUAGAAACUAAAUUAACUAAAGUUUUAUAAGAUAGAGAAUACGUAGAAACAAAAUUACUUAAGGACAAUGAUUUAUAUAGAUCCAAAUUAUAAGAGUAAGAAAGAGAUAACUAAAUUGAAAUGAACAACCUUAGAUAAAAAUUAGAUAUUUUAAAUUAAGGAUAGUUGGAUAAUAUUAAAAAUCAAUAUAUGGCUUAGGCUGAAAUCUUAGAUGAUGAAAUUGGAAAAUUAAAAGGACUCUUAGAAAUUAAAAAUGAAGAAAUUAAAACUCUUAUAGAUUAAAAUGAAAGAUUAAGAGCUAAUUAUGAAAAAGAAAUAGAAACCAUAACUUUAUAAUUCAAUGUUUUAAAAGAAAAAAUGUUUGAAAAUGAAUAAAGAUUUUAAGAAGAAUCAUAGCAAAUGGAAAAUGAUUUAAGAACUUAACACUAAAUUGCACUUGAAACUUUAAAAUAACAUCAUUAGAAUUCCAAUUAAAUUCUUGAAAAUCAAAUCCUCCAUCUAAAAGGCUAAGUUUAAGAAUAAACUAAAUAAUUAGAAGAAUUACAAAAAAUUAGAUAAUAAUUACUAUAAGCUAAUCUCUAAGAUCAAGAAAAUGCAUAAAAUAUUAUCAAUAAUUUAAAAAAAGAAGUAAUUAAUUUUAUAAUUUUGUUAGAUUUUAGAUUAAUAAAAUCGCUAUCAAGAUUAAAUAUAAAAAAAUUAUUAGGACUAUGAUAUAUAAAAAAAAGAAUUACUCAACUACAACUAAUAAUAAUUAGAAUUUAAUUAAUAGUUAUAACAAUAGAUUUAAAAUUUAAAUCAAAUUAUAGAACUAAAAGAAUCUUAAUAUGAAACUACGCUUGUAUAAUUCAAAAACAUGAAUGAUCAAUUAAUUGUAUUUAAUUUUAUUAUCUUUUAGAAUAAAUUAAAUGAUUUAUAUAGAGAGAAUGAACAAAUCAAAACAAAAUUUAAUGUUACAGUAUCAGAAUAAGAAGAUUAAUUAAAUAGAUAACUUAAAUAAAUUAAAUAACAAGAACAUAAGCUAUAAUAAUAAUCAUCUUCAUACUAAAGAGAUAAAUAAAAUGCAGAGAGACAAAUUAAUAAUUUGUAGAAUUAAAAUAGAUAAAAGGAAUAAUUAAUAGCUGAAUUAAAAGCUUAAUUGAAGGCUACAGAAGAAAACAUUUAAAAAAUUGAGAAUGAAUUAUAAGAAACAAAAAAUACUUGUUAAACUUAAUUCGAAGAAUAAAAAUAUAAUUACGAAUAAGAAAUAGAGUAAAUCUAAGUUCAAAAAAAUGAAGAUUUAAUGAGUACCAAGAAAAGCUUUGAAGAGAAAGAAAACUCCUUAAAUUUGGAACUUAUUCAAUUAAAAGGAGAUUUUCAAACUUAAUAAACUCUUAAUUAAGAUUUGAACUAAAAGUAUUUUUAUUUUAAAUAUUUUUUAGAUUAGAUCAAUAUGGUUAAUAAAUUUAAAAUGCCGUAAACAGCUCUGAUGUUAUUAAACAAUACGAAAUUUUAUCUGAAAUCAACUUAGUAAACAGAUUAAGAAAUUGA